CAGAAAUCUCUCUUAACUAAUUCUUCAAACAGAAGCUUUUGAAUGGCGUGCUUCGUUUCGUUAAGCCUCUCGGUUCCUCUUUGUUCCCUUCAAAACCCACUUAAGGGUAGAUAUAUAAAGGAAUCAGCUUUCUGCAGAUUUCCAGGCUUGGCAACUACCAAUAAAGCAUCAUAUUUUCUGACCCUCUGCAGCUCAAACAAAAGCAUGUCUUCUGCCAAUGGUGAGCAUUAUCUGACUGCCAUGUCAAAGCGUUUCGAUGAAAAUGUUUCGAUUAGCUCGAAUGCAAGUUCUUGUACUCGUAUUGAUGUAAUCGGUUAUUGGGUAGGGCCUGAUAUUGAUGAUGGUUGGGGAUUUGUAGAAGCUUCUAUAUGUCGACCGGAAUAGUCGAUUCGUUCCAAACUUUGCAUGAAUGGUUUUUGUAUGCAACGGUAAAACGAUACAAGUUCUCCAUGAUUAGUUGAUGAA